UUAGACAAUGAUUAGAGCCAAUAAAACAUAGCUGGUUAACGUUUGACCAGAGCAGAAUGAAGCUGCUCCGAUCACUCUGAGGUUUGACGAGUGACUCGCUCGACCUCUCCUGUAAAGGCCGUGGCAAUGACACCCAUGGUUCAUCUGUUGUUGCUCCCAUUCCUGUUCAGCAUUGUCGAUGGGACGAACUUGGAUGAAAAGAAGGGUCCGUUCGAGGACAUUCGGUUGAACGUGCCAGAGGCGACACCAGUACCCUAUGCAGUUUAUCAGUUUCAGGUGGCACAUGCAGGUGUGGACGAUUUCAGGCUGAGCGGAGAAGGCGAGGACAGCAUUAAAAUCUCAAAGGAUGGGUGGCUUUACCUGGAGAAACCUCUGGACUGGUCUCGAGAUGACCACUACAUCUUCAAUGUGGAGGCGUUGGCAAAUGGUGAAGUGGUGGAUGGGCCCGUGGCUGUGACCAUAAAUGUUGUGGACUUGAACAACAACGCUCCGUACUUCAACCAGAGCAGCUACACGGCUACUGUUCGAGAAAGGAGCUCCUCAGGUGUGGCCUUUACCCGAGUGUUUGCAUCAGACCGAGACGACCCAGACUCCCCCAAUGCUCAUCUGACCUACAGCCUUGUCAGCCAGAUCCCCAACAAUCACAACAUCUUGCUGUUUCAGGUCAACCCUGACACCGGAGAGAUCUCCACCACAAAAGAAGGAGAGGAGAUGCUGAAGGCCAGAGAGGGAAUCCAGUACAGCCGGGGAGAGGAUCACAGCAUCGAUGCUCUGAAAGUGAAGUUUGAUGAGUACUGUCCAGCGCAAAACAUCCCGUAUGAAGAAAACCCUUUCUUCACCUGUGUGAAGAGAGCAGAGAUGAGGAGGCGUAACGUGAACCCUCUGGAGGACCCAGACUACACUCUGAUUGUCCGUGCUCAGGACAUGGGAGGAGCUUCAGACCACGCCCUGAGUGGAAAUACCAGAGUGCACAUUGUUGUGCAGCAGAACCUUUGGGUCAAUCCUGGGCCCAUAACUGUAAAAGAGAACCUAAAGGGAGAAUAUCCCCAAGUUAUUGCAAAGGUACGGUCUAACAACCCUGAUGCCGUCUACUCGUUAGUGCAGAAAGAGCGAGAGCUAAAGUUCCCCUUCCAAGUUACAGAGGAUGGAGAAAUACUUGUGACAGAGGAGUUGGACAGAGAGGAGAAAGAAACGUACAUCCUGGUUGUGUUUGCCAAAGAUGUCCAUGACAAUGAGGUGGAUCCACCCAUGGCGAUCUUGGUCCAGGUGGAGGACCUGAAUGACAACAAACCAGAGUGUGCUCAUGAAGAAAGUGUGUUUGAGGUGCAGGAGGAUGAACCGACAGGUAGUUUGAUUGGACAGCUUUUGGCUCAUGAUGAUGAUAAAGAAGGAACACUGAAUGCUCAGCUGACUUACACCAUCGUGUCCCAAACACCAACCACUGAAUCCAACACUUUCUUCAUUGAUGAAUCUUCUGGGAACAUCAAGGCACUUCGUGUCCUUCGCCGAAACGAGCACCAGGUCUACAACCUCAAUGUCAGAGUCAGUGAUUCAGUUUUCAGCACAGACUGUAAGGUGAUCAUCAAGGUGAUCGACGUCAACAAUGAGCUGCCCCUGUUCGAGAAGAAUGAUUACGGCAACAGCACUCUGGCAGAGGACACUCCUGUGGGGCACACGCUGCUGACCAUCAGAGCCACGGACGCCGAUGACCCCGGCAGCGGCAGUUCGCUGAUCCAGUUCCACAUUUCUGCAGGCAACGAAAACGAAGUCUUUAGGGUGGAAAGUGACGACACAGGAGUUGGUCAUGUGGUCUUAGCCAAGCCUCUGGACUUUGAGUCCUCUCCCACCUACAAUCUCCAGAUUGACGCUCGCAACCCAGAGCCUCUGAUGACCGGCCUGGAGUAUGGCAGCGAGUCCACCGUCUUCCUGAUCGUGCACGUCACUAAUGUGGACGAGGCCCCCGAGUUCAGCCUGGACCGCCAGGAUGUGACCGUGCCAGAGAACUUUACGAAAGGAUCGGUGUUGUUCACAGUGGAGGCAAAAGACCCAGAAGGAAAAGAGAUCGGGUUUAAGCUGGACGGCGACUCUCAGGGCUGGCUGGAGAUCGACUCUGCCACAGGAGAGAUCAGGACCAAGGAGAAGCUGGACAGAGAGAAGCAGGAGACUUUUGAGGUCACCAUCACUGCCUUCGAGAAGGAGAACCCGGAGAAAUCUUCUGAGCAAGUCGUCCAUGUGCGCCUGCUAGACGUCAAUGACAAUGUCCCCAAAUUGACGGAGGCGCAAGCUUUCAUCUGCAUGCAGAACAUCAAACCUGUGCUCAUCAAGGCCGAAGACAAGGACAGUGCCCCCUUCUCUCAGCCAUUCACGUUCGCCCUCGCCAAGAAGUCUCCCAACUGGGAGCUGUACACAGUCGAUGCCACAUCAGCUGAAGUGCAUCUGAAGAAACAGCCGAUCAAAGAAGCCAACUUCACUCUUAACAUCAACAUAAAAGACAAUGCAGGUGUAGGAGUUACGCAGGCGCUCGAGGUGAGAGUGUGUAACUGCACAACAUUGGGCUACUGCUACAUUCCACCGCACGGACAGAAUUUCAAACUUGGAAUCGGCCCCACUGUUGGGAUCCUGGCAGGCAUUAUAGGAUUCUGUAUCAUCGCCUUCAUUGUAGUGAUCAAGCGCUCCAGUAAAAAGAACAAGAAGAAAGUCCUGACUGAUGAACAGGAGACGAAUGCCAUGAUGUAGAGACGGACACAUGUUGAGCUUUAUUUAUAUGUUGAAAAACAAAUACCAUAAAAUUAGCUUUAAAGAGUUUUGACAAACUGUAUAAAGAACCUUAAACAUGCCUUUCCAUUUUUGUUUAUUCAUUUCAAGAUUUAUACAAAGCAUCUGAGCGUUUUUAUGAUGCUUUUUUUGACGACAGGGAACUCCAGCUUUUACGGUAUAAAUAAAUUAUAUAUAAAUAUAAACCGCUUUAAAUAAAAAUCUCUUCCCUUUUCAGAUGCUAGCUGGUCCUCACAAGUAUAUGCUUGGACUUUUAUUUCAAUUUAUUGUUUUCUUGCUUAAUUAAUUUCUGCUGUGCAUACAGGAUGAACUUGGCGUUCCCACAGCUCGUCAGUAUAUUACAAUGAUUUUCUCAGAGUGGCUGCUUCAUUAGCAGUUUCAUCAUUUCCUCUGACUUAAAGUCUCCUGCUGAUAUGAAGCUCUGUGCUGAUGAACAAGUAUUCCAGUGUUUUUGUAAAAGAUCCCAAUAAACAGAACCUGGGAAACAC